AGCCUCUGUGUCACCCAAUAUCCUUCCAAAUGGCAGUGGCAUCAAAUCGGUCUUCCAGGUGGGAGAUGCAAGAGGGUAAAAAGAGUAAAGAACAAAUGAAAAUCAAAGACUUGAUGAUCCAAAAAAAAAUGGGUAUAAUUUUAUUUAUCUUCAAAUCCAGCUGCAAAAGUGACUAG